AUGGCUCGACCGUACAAUCCAAAAUACGAUUCCGUCCUUGGACCCAUGAGAGAACCUUCCCCCCCUCCUGCUUCCACAGAGACAGACCAGCACGCUCAUGCAUUCCCACACGAUGCUUCGUUCCUUGCUCAGUUGGACCCAUCCAGAGUAGGUGUGCAUGAUACAGAGGCUGCUCUCACACAUCUAUUCGGAGAUGUCGUCGGUCAACCUCAAGAAGAUGAGAAACCACAAGGGAAUGCCCAUGGCGAACAUGCACAUGCACAUGGACAUGAUCAUGGUGAAUACACGCCUACGCUAGCUUCUCAUGAAGUGCCAAAUGUCGUAGAGACACUCCCUGUGCCUACACCACCCGCUGGUACCAAUGACAAUGACAAAUCACUCGAUAUCGAUCCGUCCAUCAAAACGCAAGAUGACAGUACAGUUACAGGUGCAGGUACUUCCGCCCCAGUCAAACGCAAAGCUACCUCCCGAGCCAACAUGUUGGCAAGAGGAGGAGCCUGUGAAUACUGUAAGAAACGGAAAUUGAAAUGCUCCGCAGAGGUACCAUCCUGUUCCAAUUGUAAGAAGAUCGAUAAAGAAUGUGUGUAUUCUCAGAAGAAACAGAGAAGUAAAAUCAGAGUAUUGGAAGAUAGGUUACAAGAGUUGGAAAAAAGAUUAGAUCAUCCGACUCCGGUGCUAUCAUCGAAUACACACGCAGUCAUAGCGACUGUGGAAGGAGAAGGAGGAAUGUCAAUUGAUACUUUCCCAACUUUAUCGACAUUCGAAAUCGACGAACCUGAUUUGAUGACUUUAGCGGACGCUGCUGCGGGAGAUACGACUGUGGAAUUUGAUGCUUGGGAAGGUCUAUCUCCUGAGAUCAUAGUUAGUGAAAUCGUAAAAGCGAUCACUAGUGGACGGAGUCAUGAUGCUGGUAAUGGUGAAGGAAAGAGUAUCGGCGGAAAGAUCGUAUCUCACUUGAUACACCUCUAUGUUACACCACCUUCCAUACCUGAUAUUCACGCGGCACUCUCCCCCACUGCUCUUCUACGUCGUUUAUCCGAUAAAGGUGAUCGACCCAUUCAUCCUUCCCUACUACUCGCCCUUAUACCAUACCUCUUACCCUUAUCACCAUCCAAAACCCUUCAAUUGCCCACCUUACCCAUCCUUAUCCAAACUCACGGGAAAAACCUUAUCAAUUUGGCUAUCACCAAUUCCGAUCCUCGCGUGAUUGACCUGGCCACUGCGUGUGCACUGAGGACAUUCUGGUAUUAUACCGAAUCGAAAUAUUUCGAAGGUUGGAUGGAAUCUUCCCUAGCUAUUGGAUGGAUACGUUCAGCAGGAUUAGAUAAAUUAGGUUAUGUAGGUGAACGAUAUACCUCACAUCAGCAGAUGACCCCAAAAAGAGAAGAGAGGUUGGAAAGAGAAAAGAAGUUUAGAUUUGCGUUUAGUAAACCCGUCUCGAUACCUCCUCCAAAAGAUGGAGCGGAAUUGGGCGAAAGGAUUAAUUUGUUCUGGUUUGCUUAUAUGGUGGAUAGAGUUGGAUCUUUCGCAGGUCGGAGAUGGGCAUCGUCAUUCAGUGACGAGGAAGUCACAACACCUUGGCCAAAAGCCGAAUAUGACACUGAUGAGUCGUUGCUCGAUAAUCGAACAAUACUGGAUUUCAUGAACCUGUCCAUCCCUCAAGAUGCCUCUAAAGAUUCUCUGGAGGCAGCUUCGGUCAAGGCUCUUGCGUUGGUGUUCCAUGCGCAAAGAUUGUUCGAUACUCCUCCCAGCAUUUCUACACCGGAUCGGGUUUCCCUCUUGAUCAGCAUCACCAAAGGGUACAUAUCAACUUAUGGUUCGGUCGAACAGACUGUAUCACCUGUUUCAUGUACCAAUGGAGGUUCGAAGAAUCAAGUUUGGAUAACUCUAUAUGCUACUUUAGCUUUCUUACAUGCCAGAGAAGAGAUUGAUGCUAUUAAAGGUACCGAGAAGGAAUAUUUCCUCAAGUCGAUUGAAGCUAUUGGGAAUGUUUUGGAUGUAGUUAAGAUUAUGCAGAAUGCAGGUAAUGCUGAACUUGAAGGAUUAGGUUUAUUAUCAGCUUUGUUAUUCUUCCAUCUAUGUAGAUUAACAGUCAAAUAUAUCGAACGUUUCUCUCCAAGUCAACGUUUGGAAUAUGGAUUGACGAACGAAGAGAACGAAAGAAUGAUAAGUGAUCUGAAGGGAAUGAGAGCUGGUUUGGAAAAUGCUUUGAGAACUCUUGUCAAGAAAACGAGAUUUGCAAUUGUCGGUUCUCAAUUACUUGAGAAUAUCGCUCUUGGGUCGGAUUUCAAGUUGGGUGAAUAUGAGAGACCUGAUAACAUUGUAUGA